AUGGAAACACCAUUUGUAAAUCAACUAACAAAGACACAAGUUACUGUCUGCAUUCUCACAUCAAAACACAUCAAAAAUGGCUUUACCACUACCAAACCUCUAAUCUUCCAAUCCAAGCUCCUCUGUUUUUCUCUGGUAUACCUCUUCACAACUCUUUUCCUCGCUCUCUACACCAUUCUCUCUCAAUCCAAAUGCUUAUUCAGAUCUUCCCCUUUGGAUCCAAUUCAGGAUCCUCUCUUCUCUUACCCUUCCUCCUAUGGAGAGCACAAGUAUGCUGUCUCAACCACAUGUUCUACAUGCACUUCUCCUAUUUUCUUUUCAGAUUACUUGGAUGUUGUGAAGGAGAUCAAGAAUUUGAUCAAGGACUCUUCAUCAGCUAAGGAGUCGAGUGCUCUGCGCUACAUGCUUCUCGGCUACCAGGAAGCUAAAACCAUUCAUGCAGUAAAACCCCCAAUUCCUAUCAGUCAUAUCCAGAAGCUACAACCCCUAAUUAAAAACCCUAAAAUUGGAACCCAAAACCUCCCAAAUUUCAUAGAACAAACUGAAAAUCGAUACAUACCUUCUCAGGUGAGCGACGAUGAGGAUGCUGAGCGACGACGACGAUGCUGA